UCAGUUGCUCUGCGGGUGUCUGAUCGCAUGCAACGUUCACAAAACAUAUUUGCAGUAAUAUAUAUGUCCAGCGCGUCGUAGCAGUCGUAACGUCAGCAGUUAUCAGUGUGUUGUUUGGUGUAUGCGUGUGCAAUAACCGGGUUCGUUCGAUGGUAGUGGUCGAUAAGACGCCGCGGGCGGCUAAAUGACGGCCGAGGACCCGGAGUGCGUUUCCCCUGUCACACCCACGAAUGUCACCCUCGACAAUUGCCUGCAGGAACGAAAGUACUGGUGCUUUUUGCUUUCGUCCAUAUGCACCUUCUUGGCGGGAUUGUGUAUCGUUUUGGUAUGGCGACUGUUUGCGUUCCUUUGCUGCCGCAAGGAGGCCGAAUACGGCCCGAACGACCCCAAACAGAAAGAACAGAAAGCGGCGCGUCAGAACAAGCAAGAGUUCGAGGGGACGUUCAUGACAGAGGCCAAGGAUUGGGCUGGGGAACUCAUUUCCGGCCAGACCACCACUGGCCGCAUCCUGGUUGUACUGGUCUUCAUACUUAGCAUAGCAUCGCUCGUAAUCUAUUUUAUAGACGCAAAGGAACAGGUGGAGAAUUGCCAAAAGUGGAGCGAAAACGUGACUCAACAAAUCGACCUUGCCUUCAAUAUAUUUUUUAUGGUGUAUUUUUUUAUACGAUUUAUAGCGGCUAGUGAUAAGUUAUGGUUCAUGCUAGAGAUGUACUCGUUCGUCGAUUAUUUCACGAUACCCCCGUCGUUUGUUUCGAUUUACCUGGACCGUACGUGGAUCGGGCUCCGAUUUCUUCGUGCCCUACGCCUUAUGACGGUCCCCGACAUCCUGCAGUACCUCAACAUUUUGAAGACUUCCAGUUCCAUACGUCUUGCUCAGCUAGUAUCGAUAUUUAUAUCCGUUUGGCUUACCGCCGCAGGCAUCAUCCAUUUGCUGGAAAAUUCUGGCGACCCCCUAGAGUUUAGCAACCCGCACCCGUUAUCGUACUGGACAUGCGUGUAUUUUUUAAUCGUCACCAUGUCGACCGUCGGUUACGGCGACGUCUUCUGUCACACGGUAUUGGGACGCACUUUUCUGGUAUUUUUCCUUCUCGUCGGCCUGGCGAUUUUCGCCAGUUGUAUCCCAGAGAUCAUUGACUUGAUCGGGACUAGGCCGAAAUACGGAGGCACCCUGAAGAACGAACGCGGUCGAAGGCAUAUAGUGGUCUGCGGACAUAUAACGUACGAAUCGGUGUCCCACUUCCUGAAGGACUUUUUGCACGAGGACCGGGAGGACGUCGACGUCGAGGUCGUGUUCUUGCAUAGGAAACCGCCCGACCUCGAACUGGAGGGUCUCUUCAAAAGACAUUUUACCACCGUAGAAUUCUUCCAAGGUACAAUAAUGAACCCAAUCGAUCUGCAGCGUGUGAAGGUGCACGAAGCUGACGCCUGUCUGGUUUUGGCGAACAAAUACUGCCAGGACCCGGACGCAGAAGACGCGGCCAACAUCAUGAGAGUGAUUUCCAUCAAGAACUACAGUGAUGACAUUAGAGUCAUCAUACAGCUCAUGCAGUAUCACAACAAGGCGUAUCUACUUAACAUUCCAUCGUGGGACUGGAAGCAGGGCGACGACGUCAUAUGUUUGGCCGAGCUCAAGUUGGGAUUUAUAGCCCAGUCCUGCCUGGCGCCCGGUUUUUCGACCAUGAUGGCCAACUUGUUCGCCAUGCGAUCCUUCAAAACCUCUCCCGAUACACAAGUAUGGCAGAACGAUUAUCUACAAGGGACUGGGUGCGAGAUGUACACUGAGACUUUGUCCCCCUCGUUCACGGGCAUGUCUUUCCCCCAGGCCAGCGAAUUGUGUUUCACCAAACUAAAGCUCCUUCUGUUGGCCAUAGAGGUCAAGGGGGUGGAGGGGGCGGAUACGAAAAUCUCGAUAAACCCCCGCGGUGCUAAAAUAGUCGCAAACACCCAAGGGUUUUUUAUCGCCCAAUCUGCCGAUGAAGUUAAGAGGGCGUGGUUCUACUGUAAGGCCUGCCACGACGACAUCAAGGACGAAACGUUGAUCAAGAAGUGCAAGUGUAAAAAUUAUGUCGGAAUGAUCAUGAUGCAAACGGGUAUGGUCAAACACGGCCUUAACUCUUACCAAAGAAUUAUCGAUGUAUCGACGUUCAGGAAAGGGGUCAGGGCCAUACAAUUGGUAGGCCGUUCAAAUGACCAUCAUCCUCCUCCUACUUUCACACCACCAGAGUUGCCCAAGAAGGUUCAUGUUCGAGGUGACUUGAAUCGCCAUGACAAUUUUAUUUUAGCCCAAAGGAACCACAGGAACAGCACACUCCCGUCGAUGAACAUGGUCAAUUCAACGAAGCAAGUGAACAAGGUGAAACCUAACAUCACGCGGAACGCUGUGGAUAACGUUGGGUCACCGAAUUACAACUCCAGACCGCCGGAGCAAGAAACUACGAAUUAUGCCGGCUAUCACCUGGCCUAUGAAGUCAAAAAACUCAUGCCGACGAGCAGGAGUAGUGGGGGCACGAACCAAAACAACAACGGCGUCGCGCUGCCGGUGGGCCUGGCCGACGACCAGGCGAAAGAUUUCGACUUUGAAAAGACUGAAAUGAAAUAUGACAGCACGGGAAUGUUCCAUUGGAGUCCCGCGAAGAACCUCGAGGAGUGCAUACUGGAUCGCAACCAAGCGGCCAUGACGGUACUGAACGGCCACGUGGUCGUGUGUUUGUUCGCCGAUCCAGACUCGCCGUUGAUCGGCCUGCGCAACCUGGUGAUGCCGCUGCGCGCUAGCAACUUCCACUACCACGAGUUGAAGCACGUCGUCAUCGUCGGUUCGGUCGACUACAUACGUCGCGAAUGGAAGAUGCUCCAGAAUUUGCCCAAGAUCUCGGUGUUGAACGGCUCGCCUCUGAGCAGGGCCGAUCUGCGAGCGGUAAACGUAAACCUCUGCGACAUGUGCUGCAUACUGUCAGCGAAAGUGCCGAGCAACGACGAUCCCACUCUCGCCGAUAAAGAAGCCAUUCUGGCUUCGUUGAACAUCAAGGCGAUGACGUUCGACGAUACGAUCGGAGUUCUGAGCCAAACCAACGGUGACGGGGAAACCGGAAGCCCCGUGGGCAGCCCCAUUAUUUUGCAGAGGCGGGGCUCCGUUUACGGCGCUAAUGUACCGAUGAUUACAGAGUUGGUGAACGAUAGCAACGUUCAGUUCUUGGAUCAGGAUGACGACGACGAUCCCGAUACCGAACUCUACCUGACGCAACCGUUCGCUUGCGGGACCGCGUUCGCUGUCAGCGUCCUCGAUUCGCUGAUGUCUACGACGUACUUCAACCAAAACGCCUUGACGCUCAUCCGCUCUUUGAUAACGGGAGGAGCGACGCCGGAACUCGAACUGAUAUUGGCCGAAGGUGCCGGACUUAGGGGGGGAUACAGUACGCCGGACAGUUUAUCGAACCGGGACCGAUGCCGCGUGGGCCAAAUCUCUUUGUACGACGGGCCACUCGCCCAAUUCGGCGAAACGGGGAAGUACGGCGAUCUAUUCGUCGCCGCUCUCAAACAGUUCGGCAUGCUGUGCAUAGGCCUGUAUCGGUUUCGCGACACCAGCUCGUCGUGCGACGCGAGCAGCAAGCGUUACGUCAUCACGAACCCGCCCGACGACUUCCAGCUGCUGCCCACGGAUCAGGUAUUCGUACUGAUGCAGUUCGACCCCGGCUUGGAAUACAAACAGGUGAAGGGCGGGCGCGCGGGGACGGGCCAAGGGGGCGGCACCGGCGGCGGCGGCACCAAUAAAGACGAGAACUCUUGACUAUUGUUGUGUAGCGCCCUCACAGACGGACCCUACUCCUAUAUAUAAACCAAAUAUGUUGCAAGGUCCAAGACGAUUGUUACACGACCCACCAUUCCAUUUACUUUUACGUUUAAUUAAUACGCGAUUGUUUUUAUACGUACAUCGGUUUGGAUGAGUUUCGUUUAAACAGCCUCAGCGUCCCUUUUUUACUUGCUAUAUUUUACUUUCUGUUCCGUGGGUAACGUAAUGUACUUAACUGUGAAGGCGCUACACUAACCAAAAUUUUUCUUCUUCUUAAAAUCCCAGCGUCGCCGGGCCGUUAGACCGCCGACAUUCCCCUCCGCUACGAUCCAGCAUAGCGGAAAAAUUGGCGGCAGAAAUGACGUUGACGUUAACGUAACUUACAUGAAUUUUAUAAAGAUGUUUAUUAUAGCGUAUAUUUUUACAACGGAGAGGCGAUUUUCGUGCUUAUAUACAUAUAUUGCUGGAUAGCGUUUGCGUUGCGACGCAACUCGCAAGACCGUUUCAACCGUGUCGCCACCAAAAUCAUGCCUUAUAUACGAACUAAAAAUCGGGUUACUUUUUGAUAUUUAAGAUAUUUUUUUAUUGAUUGAUAAAUUUAGCCAAAAAUUUCCUUUUUUUAUGCCCGAUUUUAGUGACGACACGGUAUAAAAAUUACGUAAUCGUCGAACCAGAUACAACGUACGCGGAGCUUUGUAAAUAAAAAGCGAGCUUCUGCGCAUCGGCGCUGUUGUCCGACCGACCGCUAAAGCGUCAUUCGAAUAUGGCGCGUCAUGUCUCGGCUAGGACAACCAAAAUUUUGACAAGAGACAAAUGAGUAGGUCGUGGACAUACGUCGCGCUUUGCUCUGGCAAAGUUUUGGUCGCAGAAUAAACACGACACAGAAGCGACAAAAUGUUGUGUCAAAAUGUUUCGAGUGAGAAGUGUGAGGCAACUGUCAAACCGGUUCCGUUGCCUUUUAAUCCUCUGUCGUAUAUCGUUGCCCGGGGUUGGUGAUUAUUUUGGGCUUUUCGUUUGUUGUGUUUACUUACUGAAAAGAAAACGUGAAAUGUGCCGAAAGACAUUAAUUCAUUCAUUCAUAAGAUUGUUUACUAAUUCAAAAGGUUAAAAAGUUAUAUGUAUAAUAUGCAUUUCUUUUAAUCUAUAUGGUUAAAGGCCUGCUAUCGGUUAGACUUGCCUCCUAGGGCACGUACAUUACCAAGGCUAUUUUGGAGACAAAUAAAGUCUCCUAUUGUUUAAUGUUAAAGUAUAUCUGUUUUCCAUUUGAGGAGUAAAUUGAACCUUAAAAUUCUCUCUGCAUAAUAUGGGGUAAGCGUGACGUCAAAUAAGCAAUGUUAUUGUGCUUUUCUUGUCGCUUCUGUGUGGUGUAUAUUCUGGGGUUUUGGUCGCCUAGCUUAAAUUCCGCAGAGGUGGGUGAAACCGAUAUUUUUUCGCAAAAGACUGUCGCGCGAUUCAAUUUUUCGGUUAAACGAUAUUACCAUGAUGAAUUAAUAACGUUGUUGACUCUUUUAGAAGUAUAAUUGUCGUAAUUAGUUCGGUUGACUAACACGUGGAAUUGUAAGAUAUGUAAAUUUUAGCAAAACGUUUAAAUUGUGAUAUUGUAAAUACAUCAACAUAUACCGGGCGUUUUGUUUACGAACGCUUGCAGAUCGAGUUGUAUAUAGGUAUAUAAUAUAGUUUUGUUUAGCAAUAUUGACUGUGAAUAUUUGUUAUGUCUACACGCUGGAUCGUUUUUAUACGUGGGGUUCCGUUCGUUUGUUUUUUAAUUUCUAAGGCGAUUACCGCGAAAAACCCAUCUCUGUCGUACCUACUAAAUAGCGUUUUAAUCAAUGUCGUGGAUGUUUUUAGGAAACCAUUCGAACAGACUGACUUAAAUGUCGAAAUCUAGCUGAUCGCAUAACAUAGUUUAUUUCGCAACUUGUGAAACUCACCCCACAAAUCUUUUCACAUGAGUGUCUUAGACGGUAUAUUUGAGAUUUAUUCAGUUCCCAAAUUGAGCAACCACUUUUGUAGUGUUUAAUUAUUGUUGAUUAAAUUUUAUAAUAAGA